AUGCUUUUCCUCAAGGCCCUCGGACUCCUUCCCUUCGUAGCCAUGGCUUUGGCCGGCUCUUCCAAGUUUGCCGACACCUGUCAAGACGUUGAUGGUGACGGUACAACUCUGCGAGCACAAUGCCAUGAGAGCGAGAAUGGCCAGCUAAAGUCUAGCACACUUGACCUGAACCGGUGCAUCAAGAACAACAAGGGCAAGCUAAAGUGCGGAAAGAAUGGCAAUUACUCCGGCUCUUGCAUCAACUGUACCCUUCGUGGAACCGCCGAGUUUUCCUGCCAGUGCCGCAACUCCGACGAUGACCACAAAUAUGUUGCUACUACCCUCGAUCUCAGUAAGCCAAUCCUUCCUGGAAAUGCACAGGUUCCUUUCCGGAAAGCGCUAACACGUGUUGGAGACAAAUGCAUCAGCAACGACCACGGCGAGCUUCGUUGCUAG